AUGGCUAUUCCAUCCUCCUCGUCGUCAGACCACUCCAACACGCCAUUACUCCUCCAAAUUCCUCGGAAAUGGACCUCGAAACAGCUCAAGGCGCUCAAAGUAACUGAGCAACGCGACCUGCCUGCGGAGGCCAUUGUUGAAGCUUCAUAUGUGCCUAGUGAUGGGGAUGAAGCAUUCGAAGGUCUCGCCGCAGAGCUUUGCGACCCAACAAGACAGGAUCUAUGGGACAUGCCGUUUGGAAAGAAGAACUACUUCAGCAAUCCAUUUUUCUUUACCUUCAAAUCUCUAAGCCAGGUGUCGAGGUCCACUGAAAAUGAAGAUGUGUAUUCCACAGCCAAAUCGGCCCUGAUGUGCUGCCUGUCAACCAUAGGAGGCCGUCUCCGUUCGUCACUGUACCAGACGUAUUCUUCCAAAAUCCCAUUUACGGUCCACCCUGCCGGGAUAAAGGGCGCUCUCAGGUGCAGCGGGGCUCUUUUCGACAGGGCUCCCAAGUGGGCUGGUGACGAAAUCCCUCUUCUUCCGCUUGCGACAAUCACGGUCGUGAAUAACCGCGACAAGACGAGCGUUGCCGUCCACGAAGUCCCCCAGAUUGUCGUCCAGGCAAUCCUAGCCUAUAACCGUGACCCCACACGAGAGAGUUAUCCAGCGUUCGUGCUGCGCGUGGAUCGUACCAUCUUGCAGGUCAGCAUGUCGGCCCUAUCUCGUACCUACGUGGAGGAACUCUGUCGUGGAAAGCCAUUGAGCGGAAGCCUUCGACUGUGCCGUUCAAUAAGUUCAAGUCCUUGGUACAAUAUUGUACAUGAAAGUGGAGUACGAAGUAUUAAUUCCUUCCCACCCAUUCAGUCAAUCCAUUCGCCCAGCCCAGCCUCCUCAUCAUACCUUGGGUUACAUAGGCAUGCCAAGGAGGUUCAAAUCCAGACGAUAUACGGAGUACCUGUACCUACUCCGUACUCCGUAAGACAGAGAAAAGAACCUCCCCCAGUCCCAUGGCCCGGCGCCCACGGAUUGUUUUUCUUGGCCGCGUCGGGACUAGCGGGACCUGAUAUUCUUGCAGAGCCUCCAGUUUUUAAAUUUUUAAACAUUUUUAAACUCUCCCGGUGGCUGGUCCCACUGGACUAUCCUGCUUCCGGAAAUAUAUCACGUUCUCCAGGGCUAGGGAUACCUAGAGUGGUGCUAGGAAAGACGAAAGUCUCCGUUGUCGUUGAUAGAGACAAUGUGUCAUCUCGGCCAGCCAAUAUGAUUGUCGCUCGCUCCUACCUUCUGAGGCCUUUCCUCCUUUCGCUGGUGGUCGUCGCGACCCUGUCCGCUAAAGUCGUCCAUCUGUUCUUGCAUGUUCACUCGGUUCCGCUCGCUUCCUUUCUGCUCUAUUUUCCAACGUUCUUCAUCCAGGACUGCCUUCUCUUUCUCGGUACUUGGUUCUUAUUGCACAAAACAUCUGGUGUUGCAGGCACCCUAGGGUUGCUAAUCGCCGGCUUUCUUGGGAUCGUGACUCUCGUUGCGGCCUCCGCCCAAAUCGGUUUCUUCUAUGUCACCGGCUCCGAAAUACAAUGGGGUACAGCAACGAGCGUGGCCAACGAUCCCGCAGGGAUGAAAUUGCUGUUGAGCGGCCUGUGGCCCGUUCUAGCAGCCGGAGUUGUCAUCGUCCUUCUUGCCUGGUUCUCGACGCCUUUUAUUUCAACAUGGAUAGGUCGUCGGCUCUCAGCCAUCGCGAAUAUCUCCAUUCCCGACGAAUCUGGAGAAUAUCUUCCCGUGGCCCAAUCAAAACAACCCAGCCACGAAGGACGAACAGCACGCUUUUGGGCUGUGGGUAUCGCGCUGACAGUAAUCUGUUUAAGGCUUGUCAGGCCGCCAGUGCCGUACAAUCAUAUGUCUGGCACCAUUCCCUUUACUCUUCUUAAUGCUUUCCGUUCAAAACCCGAAGUGUGCCCUCAAGCCGAGGCACAACCGUUUCCUCUGCCUGAAUUGAUCGAGAAGAAGUUCUGGGAACUCCCUCGAGGCCACUUCAAGGGCUGGACCCCAGGCAUGGAGGAUAUUGCUGAUGAAGAAGAUUUCAACGGGCGACCUCAAUGGCUGCCAGAGGAACUGCCUCCUGGAUUUGGGCGAUGGGCCUUGGAAAAACCUGCAAAUCAAUCAGUCAGUGGAGAGAGAGGCAGCAAAGCUUGUCCCAGUGCGGAAGCAAUCAAAAACACAUAUAACCCUGCGAAAGAUCCACUGCGUAUAACAAAUCUCGACCUCGACCUCCUGGAGCCAUUACAGGAGGCCUUAAGGGACCACGAUAUCCCAAUAACCCACAUCUUCUUGAUAGAGAUGGAGAGCGCGCGCAAAGAUGUCUUUCCCCUGAAAUAUGGCUCUCAUCUCCACAAAAUGAUCCUCCAAUCACACGAGACAGAAGAUACGGAAGUCAUCGACAAUAUUAAUUCCAAACUCUCUGCCGUGUCGCCAAUUGCUGAGCAACUUACUGGUGAAUCUGGCGGAUUUCCUCAAGAGAAUCUUUCAGCAGAUUUGUGGCAAGAUAGCGCCGCUCCUGGAAUGGGCGGUAUCAACGUGUUAGGUGCAGUAACGGCCAGCAGCCUUUCCUUCAAGAGUGUGCUUGGGAGUCACUGCGGGGUGGGCCCGCUGUCACUGGAUUUCAUGUACGAGAAUGAAGCCGAGAUCUAUCAGCCGUGCAUCAUGCACAUCCUAGAACUCUUUAAUCGGCUCAAAGAAGGAUCCGGCAAGGAAUCGAGCGACAUGCGUCAGCGCAGAUGGAAAUCCGUGUUCGCCCAGUCGAUCACCGGCGUGUACGAUGACCAGAAUAAGCUGAAUCGGAAAAUGGGGUUUGACAAGUCCAUCGUGAAGGAGGACAUCGAUUUUCCAAAGGCAAAACACUUCCACCAGGGAAUGGAGGAAAUCAAUUACUUUGGUUACCCCGAAGAGGAAGUGCUCCCGUAUUUGCAAGAUACGGUCAACGAGGCCUUGGAGAAGGGAGAACGACUCUUUUUCUCUCAUUUCACCAGCACCACUCAUCAUCCGUGGGCGGUGCCCUCUGACUUCGAGACUGAGCAGUAUUGGGCGGAUGAUGGCCUCGUCUCCAAACACGAGGAGGCCAACAGAUACCUCAAUACUGUCCGCUACGUCGACCAAUGGCUGGGAAAAAUCCUCAAGGUGAUAGACGAGGCAGGGAUUGCAAACGAGACCUUGGUUGUAUUCGUGGGCGAUCAUGGUCAAGCAUUCCGUGAAGAUGCGCGAUACAGUGGCACCUAUCAGAAUGGGCAUAUCAGCAACUUUCGAAUUCCAUUGAUUUUCCGCCAUCCUCUCCUGCCACGCAUCCAACUGUCGGCCAAUGCAACCUCGCUUUCUAUUCUUCCCACCAUCCUGGAUCUUCUGAUCAACACCGAUUCUCUGAAUGCCCAGGACAAGGAGGCAGCAUCUGAUCUGAUCAAUGAGUAUGAGGGUCAGUCAUUGAUCCGGCCGUACAAAGCAAGCCACAAUGGCCGACAAGCCUGGAACAUUGGGGUCAUUAAUGCUGGCGGCUCUAUGCUGAGCGUCGCGUCAGCGGCAGUCCCAUACCGUCUCAUUCUGCCACUUAGGGAUGAAUUUACCUAUGUCUUCUCAGAUCUGAAGGAAGAUCCCGAUGAGAUCGAUCUCAUCGAAGAGUGGGAUAUGGAUUCUUUGGUCCGCAGCGUGCGUCGAGCCCAUGGAGCCGAAGCAGCGAGCUGGGUUGUCGACGCGGAAAAGGUGGGGCGAUGGUACAUGAUGUAUCAGUCAGAUUCUCCUGGCACUACAACGUUGGAGCAAUGGAAGGCUGUCGCUUUGCAAACCUUGAGGGGUGUUGGCUGUUAUGUGUCUUUCAUGCAGCUUCAAAGUAAAGUGUGA